UACCGCGAGAGUUCAAACCCCAAACCCCGCCUACCGCCCCGCCCCCCUGCAUCCGGCCGUGUGAAUAAAGUUGCCGUUGUUUGACGUUCGCGGCGGACAACAUGGCGGCGGCCGUGGUGGGCUGCGUGCUGCGGCGGUUCCGGCAGAUGGUUCCUUUAUCAGCUUCAGGCCAAAUUCGAGGUUACUACGUAGACUGGAAAAUGUUGCGUGAUGUGAAGAGACGAAAACUGGCCUAUGAAUAUGCGGAUGAGAGGCUACGGAUCAAUUCGCUGAGGAAGAAUACCAUUUUACCAAAAGAUCUUCAGGCAGUGGCUGAUGAAGAAAUUGCUGCCCUUCCCCGGGAUAGCUGUCCCGUUAGGAUCAGAAACCGCUGUGUGAUGACGUCCCGGCCACGUGGUGUGAAGCGGCGCUGGAGGCUCAGUCGCAUCGUCUUCCGUCACUUAGCCGACCACGGGCAGCUCUCUGGGGUGCAGCGAGCAAUGUGGUAGAUCGGGUGCAGGGGCUCCAGCUCUGGAAAAGAGACUGUUCUAACAGUCGGAACCGUAGCUGUCUGGCGGACCUGAUGCUGCCCGUGAAUUCCUGUGAAGUGUGUUAAAUGAAGAAAUGCGAAGUCUAACAGAUUCAGUAUACUGCUCCCAUCCGUGGUACAGAGAGUAGACCAAUAAAAAGUACUUCCUGUGAA